ACUCCUUCAUUCUAGGUGUUGUACUGUAUCAGUAAAUGCUUGUACCUUACCUAUAACAUUAAUGCUUCCACCUACAUCCUGCAAUACAUCUCGGAAUGUGCACUCACUGUUAAAGAAGCAGGCAGCAGCUUGAAUGGCUAGUACUCCAUUGUUGAUAAUGCUCAAAAUUCUCACACCCCGUCGUGACUUAAACUCACCACAACCCUUCUUCGUUCUCGUACCCACAGCCUUAGCUCUCGUCACCUCUCUCUUAAUUCUCUUCUACAUUUCCUUCACUUCCAAAUUCUUCACUCAUUCCCAACAAACCCAUCUCACAUUCGCUCAUUCUACUGAUUUUUCAAUCUUCAACUCCACCUCCCAGAAACCGAUCAACAUUUCAUUUCUUGGCUCAAUACAAAGUUUUGAUACUGGUGGAAUUGGAAAUUUUCAGAGCCAGAGGCAUACGGGAUUGAAUGGAAAGUUUGUUAAUGACAAAGCGGUAUUCCAUGACAGAGAUACCUUUAUGAACGACUACAAAGAAAUGAAUAGGAGCUUGAAGAUAUAUGUUUAUCCUCACCAAAAGGCUGAUCCCUUUUCCAAUGUACUCUUGGCUGUUGAUUUUAUGCCAGGCGGAAACUAUGCCAGUGAAAGUUACUUCAAGAAAAUUCUUGUGACAAGCCACUUCAUUACAAAGGAUCCUUCCAAUGCAGAUCUUUUCUUUCUACCUUUCUCAAUUGCACGAUUGCGGCAUGAUCCACGAGUGGGGAUUGAUGGUAUUAAAGAUUUCAUAAAAAGCUACAUCUUCAAUAUUAGUCAUGAGUACCCUUACUGGAACCACACCAAUGGGGCUGACCACUUCUAUGUUGCUUGUCAUUCCAUUGGUCGUUUUGCCAUGGAGAAAGCAAUUGAUGUUAAGAUCAAUGCGAUCCAAGUUGUGUGUUCUUCAAGUUAUUUCGUAUCAGCAUAUAUUCCACAUAAAGAUGCAUCCAUGCCCCAGAUUUGGCCAAGGCUAGGAAGUGACCCAAAUCUUGCACCUUAUAAAAGGAAAAAGCUAGGAUUUUUUGCUGGAACAAUAAAUUCUCCUGUACGUGAAAAGCUUCUAGAGUGGUGGGGAAAUGAUUCUGACAUCUUUGUGCACUUUGGUCGCCUUGAAAGAUCUUAUGCCGAAGAACUACUUGAUAGCAAAUUCUGCCUUCAUGUCAAAGGCUAUGAAGUGAACACCGCUCGCAUUGCUGAUGCCUUGUUCUAUGGCUGUGUACCUGUGAUCAUUGCGAACCAUUAUGAUCUUCCAUUUGCAGAUAUAUUAGAUUGGAAGCAUUUUUCAGUCAUCGUUGCCACGUUAGACAUCCCUUUAUUGAAGAAAAUCCUUCAAGGCAUAACUCAGCAGGAGUACUUAAUGUUGCAUAGCAAUGUUCUGAAGGUGAGAAAACACUUCCAGUGGCAUGUUUCCCCUGUUGAUUUUGAUGCCUUUUAUAUGGUUAUGUAUGAGUUGUGGCUAAGGAGAAGUUCUUUAAGGCUUCAAUGAGCAUUUUACCAGAUCACACUUUGAAUUUUGUAUAUUAAUUUCACGGGGUCACAAGGAACCCUUCUUUGACACGGUACCAGUGAUCAGGUGAAAAGUUGGAAAUACCAAUUGAUAAAAGAUAUUCAAUUUGUUGGAACAUCACUGAAUAAUAGUGCUAUUAGAGGUAAUCAAAGAACAAAUUAAUCCAUACAAAAAAUUCCUAACAAAAGAAACUUAGAGAAAUGCCCAAAAGGUAUAUGAAUUGCAAGGAAAAAAGCUUUCAGAUUACUUUCAAAUCAAACAAUGAAAAUGCUACUAGAACAAAUGCCCCAUAUUCAGAUUGUCUGUCACAUGUUAUGGUUGAUUUUUACUACUGGUGGUUGCCUGUUACGUACUUGUGUCCUAUUCCUGGACUUGGACAAGAUUGUCUGUCACAUGUUAUGGUUGAAAAUGAAGCUCGUGAAUCUGGACAUCCUAGCCAUCUGUCUACACUAAACUAGGAUUGAGUUCGUUUGUUUUGGUAGUUA